UGUAUUUCAAUAUUCUAUUUUAAAGUGAUUACCUCACGCACGGAUAACCUCUUCAUACCUUUUGAAGUUUGUGACAUGUUUUAAUUAUACUUUUGCGAUUGUAUUCUUGCAAAUUUGCAAAAUUUCACGUAAAAUUAAGAAGUGUAACUGAACAUUAAAACUGUUUGAAUAUAUAUAUAUAUAUAUAUAUAUAUAUAUUUGAUACUUAAAUUAGUACUCAAUUGUUUGGGAACUUUAAAUAAUUCGAAUAGUGGAGUACUCUGCUCAUUCUUCAGAUACUUAAUUCGUUCUGUCAACUAUGCAUUUCCCUGUAAUUUUAAAAACAUUUUUAUUAAGGCAUUAUGUAAGAAUUAAAAAUUAAAAAAAUUCAUGAUAUAAUUAUGUCUACAAAAUUAUUUUUACAAGCUGUUUACUAUCUGUAUUUGAUUUAAACAGGAAAAGUUCCUAUUCUUCAGAUACAAUAGUUUCUAAGUUGCUAUGAAUUAGUAGAGAUUUGUUAAAAAGAAGUUAUUGCAAAAUUAACUUUAAUUUCAAAAAUUGUCCUCAAUCCUACCACAUGGCGACGCAACAUGGUCACUAAAUUCAUUUUUUAAGAGUGGUAGCAUUGAUGAUCGGAAGUUGCCGUGUGAAAUCCUUUGUGCUGAUUGGCUUCAAAAAAUUGUUUACGUUAAAGAUUGAGAGUUCAAAAGUUAUGUGAUUGACAGCGCGUAAUUAAGUAUAGAGUUACUUGUGUAUUCAUUUGAAAGUUUAUUGCAAUGGUGCGACAUGCUGCGCUCAAGGGUUUAUACGAUUUGGAAAAGACUAUUGGAAGUGGAGGUUUCGCAAAAGUUAAACUUGCAACGCACGUUGCGACCGGCGAAAAAGUUGCUAUCAAAAUAAUGGACAAAACUGCACUGGGCGACGACUUGCCAAGAGUUAAAUUAGAAGUUAAAGCACUCAAAACUUUACUACAUCAACACAUUUGUAGAUUAUAUCAAGUAAUAGAAACAGAGAGUCAUUAUUUUAUGGUGAUAGAAUAUUGUUCGGGAGGAGAAUUAUUCGACCACAUAGUGGAAAAAAAUAGGCUAUCUGAAACAGAAUCAAGGAAAUUUUUUCGUCAAAUUGUCUCUGCUGUAUCAUAUCUACAUAGUUUAGGAUAUGCACAUCGUGACUUAAAACCAGAAAACGUUUUAUUGGACAGAGAUGAAAAUUUAAAGCUUAUAGACUUUGGAUUAUGUGCAAAGCCAAAAAAUGGAAUAGAAUCACAUUUGCAAACAUCAUGUGGCUCUCCAAAUUAUGCUGCCCCAGAACUUAUAUUAGGAAAAAAAUAUUUAGGUUCAGAAGUGGAUAUAUGGAGUAUGGGAGUUCUUUUGUAUGCAUUACUUUGUGGUUUUCUCCCUUUUGAUGAUAACAGUAUAGAGAGUCUUUAUAGAAAGAUUCUUAGUGGCAAAUAUGAUGAACCAAGUUAUUUAUCAAAUAGCAGUAGAAGACUUAUACGAGCAAUGUUACAGAUAGAUCCAAAGAAGAGGAUAACUAUACAAGAAUUGUGCAAUCACCCAUGGAUCACAACAGGAUUUCUCAACCCUGUUUCAUUUUUGCACAAAACCAAUUUUGAAAAAGAUAAUGAUGUGUUAAGUACUAUGUCUGCAAUAUGUGGUGAAAAUGCUUCAGAUAUAUGGAAGAAACUCUUAAAAAGUGAUCGAACUGAUUAUAAGACUGCCACAUAUCUUUUACUUUUGGAUAGAAAACUUCGUGGUCUCUCACUUCGAAUAUCAUCUUCAGCAAAGUCUUAUUUUAAACCAGAGAGCGGAGAAGGAAUGAAUAAUGUCAUAAAACUCGAUUAUUCUCCAAGAAACAAACGUAGUAGGAAAUCACCAGUAUUAGAAGCAACUUAUAACAUUUUGCCAAAUACGCCUGAAACAGUUAACAAUGACAAUUUCAUGGAACCGCAUUUGCCUGGACGAAAACGACUUCGAAGCAAAGAAGUAGAUGACAUAUGUUCCCCUGUUCCUGCUAAGAGAACCGUAGAAAAGGAUAGAACUGUUUCUACUCCAACCAAUACGCCAGUAUUAGAAACACGGGGAACGCAGUCGUCUACGCCAGGUAGUGCAAGGAAAGUAAUAAUGGGUCUAGAACGCGGCUUGAAUCGAGUACGGUGUGUCCUUACGCCUAAGCGGCGCGUUAAGAAUGAGAAUAUUGAUCCUGACCAACCCAAUGUUCUGUCCGGCAAAGGUCUUUUCAAUGUAUCGUCGACAUCCAGCGACGAUCCUAAAUAUGUACUCUCACAAUUACGUCGAGCACUUCGACGCAAAGGGAUCAUGUGUCAUCAAAAAGGAUUUAUUCUUCAGGGAGAAACAGAAGAUUGUACAGAAGAAAACAAAGAUACAACGCGACCAUUUUCCUCUAGAAACGCUUGUUCGUUUGAGUUGGAAGUGUGCUUAUUAGAGGGUGUGUCGAACGACAAAUUAUUAGUCGGUAUCCGAAGGAAGAGAUUGAAAGGGGAUGCGUGGGUUUAUAAGCGUGUGUGUGAAGAAGUUCUCGCUCUGGCGGCCAAAGAUCUCUCUACAGAAUCUGAAGGUUCGACAGAAUCAAAGUGUCCGAUUUGAAACGUUGUUAUUGUUUUUGUAAUAGUAACGAUACAAACAUUUAUUCGAAUUUGUACAACUCUGAAAGUUCGAGAGAUGAUCUUACUGCUCUUUGAUCUCUGUUAAACAGAUUAUGAUAACGAUGUAGACAUGUGAAAAGUACUUUUCAUUUUCUGAGUGUAAAGUCUCAGUAGAUAUCUUCAGCGGCAGCUUUAUGUAUAACCAGUGACGUAUGCGCAAAAGUGACUCACCAUCUGUCAUUAAAAUAUUUCUUCAUAGAAGAAAUAAUUAACAGGAGAAUUAUUGUAUUAAAUACAAGUACUGAUAAAAGUAUUUUUGGAAUUUUGAAGAGUAGCAUAAUCGUGUAGUUCUGACGAGAGAAUUCAAACCGCCCAUUGUGUAAUAUUAUUUAUACAGUAUGAAAGGAGUAGAAAUAAAUUAUAUGUUACAUCUUGUUGCCUAUACCCGAUAUAGUGGUGUGUGUCUUAUGGUAAUAUAAGAUGAAAAUAUUUUCUAUUUUA